UUCUCACGUAACGCACACAUAAAUCUCCGUGGGCACGCACCGCGCACGUUAGCAUCUUUGACUCACUCUCUUUUCAUUUCUCUCUCCCGACUCUGCCAUUUCCCCGCGAGUGAAACACAUUUUCAAUCCUCAUUUCCAGUCCUCUAAUUCCACUUUUACCCUCCAUCACUCCCUGUGAUUACAACUCCGCCAUCAAGCUCAUGGCCCCGGCUUCCAUCACUACCACCACGACGGUGGCUCGGCGUAUUGUAGGUUCUCGCCGGAGAACAAAGGCGACUUCUCCUCCCGACUCACCGCCGCCGAAGAAGCUAAAGCCGAUAUCAGAGAUAUUAGCGAAGGCGCAAUACGCGGUGGUGGAGAGAGCGGACUACGGAGACGUGAGCUGCAUGCAAUGUGGGUCAGGUGAGCGAGCGGAGGAGCUGUUAUUGUGUGAUAAAUGUGAUAAAGGAUUUCACAUGAAAUGCGUGAGGCCUAUUGUUGUUAGAGUUCCAAUUGGAUCGUGGCUUUGCCCUAAGUGCUCUGGCCAGAGAAGAGUAAGAAGGCUUUCGCAGAGGAAGAUUAUUGAUUUUUUUAGGAUUCAGAAGUGUAAUCAUAAGACAGAUAAAUGCAGCUCUCCUCAAGACAUCAGAAAGCAUCGGAGACGUUCCGGAUCAUUGGUGUAUCAAAAGAGAAGACGGCGAUUGUUGCCAUUUGUUUCAUCAGAGGAUCCUGCUCAAAGGUUGAAACAAAUGGGCACCCUCGCUUCUGCUUUAACGGAAUUGCAAAUGGAGUUUAGUGAUGAUCUUACCUACUCCUCUGGCAUGGCUCCUAGAUCUGCAAAUCAGGCCAGAUUUGAAGAGGGUGGCAUGCAGGUUCUUACAAAGGAGGACAUAGAGACAUUGGAACAGUGCAGAGCAAUGUGUAAAAGAGGCGAUUGUCCUCCACUGUUGGUGGUCUUUGAUUCACGCGAAGGAUUUACAGUUGAGGCGGAUGGCCAGAUAAAGGAUAUGACAUUCAUAGCAGAGUACACGGGUGAUGUGGAUUACAUUAGAAACCGUGAACAUGAUGACUGUGAUAGUAUGAUGACCCUUCUUUUAGCAAAAGAUCCAUCUAAAAGUCUUGUCAUCUGCCCUGAUAAACGUGGAAAUAUUGCUCGCUUUAUCAGUGGUAUUAACAAUCAUACACUGGAUGGUAAGAAGAAGCAGAAUUGUAAAUGUGUGAGAUACAGUGUAAAUGGUGAAUGCCGGGUAUUUUUGGUUGCUACUCGUGAUAUUGCUAAAGGGGAGAGGCUAUACUAUGAUUAUAAUGGCUAUGAGCAUGAAUAUCCUACUCAACAUUUUGUCUGAGAUCCUUAAUAGAUAGCCUGUCUAGUGAAAAUCCUAUAGCUCAAGUGGGAUUUUGGAUCCUCAUAGCUCAUUUCUCAUUGGGAGUUUUAAUUUCACUGCUUACUCAUUGUUGUUGCAGUUGCAGUCAGAAAAACAUUUAUUCUAAUUUGUAGUCUUGGGCUAUUUAUAGUAAUUUAUCAUGUAGAGCUGCCCAAGAUGAGGCCCCCUCGGCUCUGAGUCGAGGAAAGGCAUGAAAUUUUGAUAUCCUAGAUUUAUACUUUUAGGAAAUAAUUUUUUUUUUUUUUUCCUUUUUUGUAAUACAAAUUUCAAUGCAAGUAUUUUCUUUUUCA